AUGCAAGUAGCCUGGUCUACCCAUGCUCCCGCGACCUCCCUUCUCCGCAUCGCCGCCACCCCCGCCCCCGCUUCCUCCACCGCUUCCCUUAGCCAUCGAUAUGCUUCCUCGCCGGCGCGGAUCCGCGGGUCCAGCAGCUCCCCCCUCGCCGGGCGUGUCCAGGCGCAGGAGGCCGCCGCGCUCGUCGACCGGGUCCGCCCGCACGCGGGCGACGUCAUGAACCUCAGCGACAACCUCAUUGUGUACUCUAACACGGUCAUCUCGCGAUGCACGUUUGGUGACACGGACUACGGGGUCGAAGGCGGCGGCGGCGGCGGCGCGAGGCUGAGGAAGGUGUUCGCCGAGAUCGAGGAGCUCCUGGGCACGGUGCCCAUGGGAGAGACGGUGCCGUGCCUGCGGUGGGUGGACGUCGUCACAGGGCUGGAGAAGAAGACGAGACGCGUCUUCGACGAGAUGGACGGGCUGCUGGAGCGUGUCAUCGCCGACCACCGCCAGCGCCGCGGCGCGGGUGCGGCCACCGGGGAGGAGGGAGACUUCGUGGACGUGAUGCUGGACGCGGAAGAGCUGGACACGGGCAGCAUCAAGGGCAUUAUCCUGGACAUGCUGGCGGCCGCCACGGACUCGACCUUCACGCUGCUGGAAUGGGCCAUGGCGGAGCUCAUCAACCACCCGCACGAGAUGCGCAAGCUACAGGACGAGGUCCGCGCGGCAGUCGGCCCGGGCGCCGGCGCCGUCGUCACGGAGGAGCAUCUCCCCCGCCUGCCCUACCUGAAGGCGGUGGUGAAGGAGGCCCUGCGCCUCCACCCGCCGACGCCGCUGCUCCUGCCGCGGGAGACGCUGGAGAACACGCGGCUGCUGGGGUACGACGUGCCGGCUGGCACCAGGGUCCUGAUCCACGCCUGGGCCAUCGGGCACGACCCGGCGACAUGGGGGAGCCGCGCCAAGGAGUUCGCGCCGGAGAGGUUCCUCGGGUACGAUCUCAAGAUGGGGCAGGACUUCGCCUUCUUGCCCUUCGGCGCCGGGAGGAGGGGCUGCCCCGGCGUCGGGUUCGCCAUGAUGUCCAACGAGCUGGCGCUGGCAAGCCUCGUGUGUAACUUCGACUGGGAGCUGCCUGGCGGGAGGAUGCCGCCGGUGGACUUGAGCGAGCUGCACGGCCUCUCCGUGCGCCUCAAGGCGCCUCUGCUUUUGGUUGCCAAACCUUGGAUGGAGGUGCACGAACGAAGCAAUUAA